UUGUCUAGAUAUUCAAGCACGGGCCGCUAAUCCUCAUUAUAACAGUAGAUUAGCGAGUGAUAUUUUAUAUGUACCAGUUUCAAAUAGAGUAGAAGAAAACUAAGCAAACUUGUAUCGGGUCUGACUUGUAUCUAAGAAUUAGGAAUAUUUCAGAACAACUACAGGAUUAAGGGUUUCACUGAGUUUUCAUGCUUAUAUGAGUAUCGUUUAAUUACUGUAAAAGGAAACAAGAAAAAAUGGCGUUUUCGAAAAAAUGGUUCGCUCUACUAGGAAUGGGGUGAUUAAGAGUGUCGCAAAUAAUUGGCCUUGAAAACAACGAUUAAGAUGGCGUCCAAGGUUACACCGUACUUUAUUCUCACCGCGGAGGGAUUAGGCUCAAGUGACAUGGCAAACGAAGAUGACGUCACAAGAGAGCAGACAGAUGACGAUAAGAGCGGCACGGAAAUCGUCAAGUACAAGAAACAGCAGGCAUCGUCAAUGACGAGGAAGGAACUCACCAGAAAACGAAUGGAAUUCAUCCAACAAAAACUGGAGGAGUCCAGAGCAAGACACGCUGAGAAACAGAAGACUCUGUCCAUCAACCUACGGCCCAUCCCAAGAGCCGGAGACUCCUUCAUGCCGCGAACACCACACAGCUAUGUUAUUCCGGAUACCUCCCAUAAACCUAAGCAUGAGUCGGUACCGAAUGGAGCAGAAAUGGUGCCGUUGUCAGCCAACCGUAAAUCUCCAACGAAUGGAGACAUGCCAUAUGUUUAUUUUGUAGUUUCGGUUGACCGAUUACAGAGGUCGAAAACUGACUUGAGUUUGAGUUCCUUUGAUAGUUUAGGGAGUUCCGUCAGUUGCCAUUCAAGUGAGAAGAAAAGAAAUAAACACGAGCGCAGAAAAAAGAAGCAAGGCGAUAAUUGCCCAAUUGUUUCCAAAAGUGACGGAAAUUUGGGCGGCGGAAGAAAACAAGUGGUUGCAAAGAGACACUUCCCUUUUUUCUAUGGUGCCUCCUCUCCCAGGAUCCCGCCGCCAACCCCAGCCACUAUAACCACAUAUAAUACAAUGGACAGGGCGGAUGACGAAUGUCCGACAGACCGACACCUUUCGGUCGGCGAUUUACGAGACUUCAACGAUCAUCGCGCUUACCUUCCUGGUAAGGCAUCACCGCCGCGCCUAAUAGAGCUCCCAUACAUAUCUGCGGAUCUUCAAAGAAAAAAUUUGGGCUCUUCAAACUCCUCCAUGGAGGGUAAAGCUAUGGAAGUGUAUCGGAAAACUCUUCAAAGCGAAUCGGGAAGGAAGGUCCAUUUUGCAGAAGGGUUAGAUUUACCAAGUAUUCGAGGGGGUACAAUAGGAAUUCCAAGAAGGCUGAUUUCUAAUUUUGGCAACCGUCCAAAUACCAUGCCAACCAUAAUGAGUGAACGUGAAGACUUCGAGAGGUACAUGAACACACCUAUUCCAAAAACGGCAUUCGGAACACCAAGAUCCCGAAAGCCCGGACAACCGUUGAAUCUUCCAAAAAUUGAUAUUGUUUCUGGGGUAUAUGACGAACUUAUCGUAAAAGCCAUCGAAGCAUACAUCAAUGAAUUCCCGCCAAAUUCGAAGCAGGGGAAAGUUGCUCGACAAUUACUUCAGCAGCUCCACGAAAGAACCAUAACAACGACCGAUCUGGCAAAUAUGGAGAAAAAACCACACGGUCACGGAUUGAAAAUCAAAGAACUGGAUCCAGAUAUCCCGAGAGGAAAUGAAAUGUCCGGAAGUAAAACAUCCAGGGGCCACCGACGCCCCACCAAACCUAAAGCAGACGGCGAGUUCAGUACGCUUGCGCCGACUUGUUUCCAAAUGGUAGCACCUGGUACUCAAUCCGCACGGGACGAAGUUACCAUUGUUUCUCUUAAAUAGCCGUUUUUGUGAAAUGAAUUUUGGCUGACAGACAUUUUUUCAAUCUUAAUAACAAAAUGGUUCUCACUAAAUAUUUUAAAUGAGAAAGGUCCUUUUUGAUAAAAGUAACAUUUUUUGCUUUUUUAAUCGCGAAUAUCAUCUUUUUUCUUUGGUAAUUUGUACAUUUAAUAUUAAGGACAUUUGUUUCAAUUCAACUAUUUAAUAUUUGUUUUUGACAGUAGUUUUUCGCGACGGAUGCCCAAUAGGGUAAAAACAUUACAUGCCUUUCAUAUUGUAACUGUGAAAAUAUGAACAACUUGCCAUUAUCACUUCUAGUAACUGUGAAAUAAGUAAUCUAAAUAUAGCGACCCAGUCAUGUUUCGACAUGAGUAUAGCCAAAGUAAUAUACUCCACAGGAAUACUGUCAAAAGAUGGAGUAAACAAAUUGUAUUUCGUUCCUGUACGAAAAUGGGCGACUUUGAUUUGAUACGUGUUUGUUGUGAAAAUGUAGAGGAACUAUGUGUAAAACAUAGUAAUGAAUUAGUUGUCAAAGUGCUAAGUAAUUUAUUGAUGCUAUUAAUUGACUUUUGAAAUGUACGUUUGCAUAUGUACAUGUUUAAUAGUCACCAGUUCUCGAGAGAUUAGCAGUCAGAAGUUAGGAAGAUAAGCUGUUUAUGAAAUAUUUUGAUAAGAACAACAAAAUCCCUUUUAUAAGAUAUUCAAUCAUAAUAACAUAUUUUCAUUGAAUUUUUGAAAAUCGUACUUUAAUUCACCUUUAAUUAUUUACAUGUAUUAUGAUCGUGAAACGAUAAAUGUGCCUAUUUGUUAUAAAUUAUUACAGAUUUAAUCUGUUUGACAAGCCAUUAUUUGGUUGCUGCAUGGACCUCCUGUUUUGUUAUAUCCACAUACAUGUAUUUUUUAGUGAUGUUUCGAUCGAUUUCUUUCUUUUUUCAUUUUUCAAUUAAACACGUACAAUAUUUACUAUAUUUUUCCGAGAAAAAAAUGGGUACCUAAAUUUACCUAUACAUGUAGUUAAUAAAUGAUUUCCAUGAUA